GCGACGUCAUGACUCACGUGACCACCCCUGUGCCAAAAGUGAAAAAAAAAAGGAAAAAAGUGACAACUUUGCAGGGACCUGUUCAGUCAGCGGUAUGGAGAAAAUAAUGUCAGCUUUCUUGUUAGAUAUCAGACCUUUGAAAGAGCCACUGGGAUUUAUACGAGUCCUGGAAUGGGUGUUUGCCAUAUUUGCAUUUGCUUCGACUGGUAAUUAUUCCGGCACCACAAGCUUUAAUAUCAAAUGUCAAGAGACUCAUCUUGUCCAUGUGAUCAACGUCUCCUUCGAAUACCCUUUUAGACUUAAUAAAAAUGGGUUUGAUGUGCCAACUUGUGAAGUCAACAAAACAGCAGAAUGGAAAAAGUACUAUCUGAUCGGAGACCAUUCAUCUUCAGCUGAGUUCUUCGUUGCAGUUGGAGUCCUGGCCUUCCUGUACUGUACCAGCAUACUUGUGGUGUAUGUUGGCUACCAGCAUGUAUAUCGCGAGUCAAACCGUGGCCCUGUUAUUGAUCUGCUAAUAACUGGAAUCUUCACAUUCUUGUGGCUGGUGGCUUCUUCUGCUUGGGGAAAAGGCCUGACUGAUGUGAAGUUGGCUACGAGUCCAACAACACUCAUUACUUUACCCAAUGUCUGUAAGAUCCGGCCAAACGAGUGCACACCAGGCGCCCUUCCUACUUUUGGCCCCCUCAAUUCUUCAGUGAUUUCUGGGUUUCUUAAUCUGAUCUUAUGGGCGGGAAACUGCUGGUUCAUCUUUAAGGAGACACAUUUCCAUACACAGGCCGCUCCUUCAGCCACUCAGCAAGAAGCAACAAGGCAGCCUUGACAAAAAAGUAAGAGAAGUGGCUAUGCCUGCAGUUAUCCGUUGCAGUUCAGACGCAGUUGUGGUUGAGUGACUAAACUUCCUGUGUGACAUUGCAGAAGACAGGAAGCAAGGUUUUUGUCUACAAUGUCUUUGUGCAAUACACUCAGUUCAAACUAGUCCACUGCCAUAUAACUGCUCUAAAUUACUCAGUCAAUGUCAAGAAAUCUAGUGUGAGAAAAUGUGUCUAUGUAAAGUCAUAUAUAUGACUCGUAAAUGUGAUCUGAUGUGCAUCAGAAAGAAAGGCACACUUUACACACACUCCAUACUGAACACAUAGUUUAAAUAACCAAGGUUUUGGAUGAAAAUGCACUCGAACCCUAAUAUUUAGUAACUUCUUUAUGGACAGCAACCUCAGCCUAGUGUUUUUUGUCAUUCCUGAUCAGUUCUGUGCAGUUCUGUACUUUGACCCUUUUCUUUUCACAAAACUUGACAAAAAAAUCAUGGAUAUUUGGGGAUUUAGAUCACAAAAACCACUGGCAUGAAAUUUUCCAAGUUCUUAAAUGACAUGUAAACCAUGAAAUUAAGUUUAGUUGCUGUUAGAUUAUUACAUUUGGUGACAUCUAUUACAGAAACUAUGCAUACAGUAUGAAUUACAGUAUGAAUUUGUGCUGCCUUCAUUUAUUUUUUCAUUUUAGUUUUUCCUACAGGCCCCUCAUGAAAUGAACCAUUUUGUUACUUAAUAAUAUUUCUGGUUUGUUUGGUUUUUUUUUUUUAAAUGUGAGGUCACAAUAUUCAAUAUGCUUUUUUAAAAAAAAUACAUAUAUUCUGUUUCUAAAAAUACUUUGUAAUAACUCAUUACAUUGCUUUGUAAUGCAGUACCAAUUACAUUUCCUUAUCCAUCAUCUCCAGCCAUGUUAUUGCUUUGCUAUUAAUUUUGAUUAACUUGAUUAAAUGAGUGAUAAUGACUGAAUGGUUUCCCGUUCAUUCAUAAAAGUGUGACUAUUUCCCCCAUUAAUGCCUUUGUUCAGUUUUGCUAGUUGACCACCGACUGCCCAGUAAUAUUAAAGAGUGUUUUGUUCAACUGUUUUGCAUAUGUGAUAUCCAAAUGUGUCUCAACAAAUAAAAUUGUAUUGUUUGUA